AUGUCGACCUGGACAGCGGUGCUCGUGGGCAACGGUAACGACACAGACCCAGAUCUUCCCCCUGGGACCCCACCUAGGCACUUCUCCCCGGCACUGGCACACACAUCUGAUGUCCUCAAGGCCAACGGAAAUCGCUUCUUCGGAUGGAUUAUGCCAACUCUGAAGACGAGUGAUUUCGUCGUACUUCAGACAGUGGGCCUAGACGCCUCCGUCGUAAGUGCAACAGAAUUGGUGUGUCUGACAGCAGCUCUUGAGCUUCUUCCGAAUGUCCUUCGUGUUUUUCUCACUUCUGGCGGGACUAGCGGCGAUUGUGACACUGAUAUUGCUUCCAUUCGAGUCCUGGGCCCGAAGGAUGUCAUCACGAACAGCACUCAUGUUGCCACCCUUGAGAUUCCCUGGGCGGGGAUCAACUCGACGCUUCCCCAGACACUAUUCGAUGCUCUGGUCGAUCCGGUUAUGCCCGCGGGCCUUCAACUUAUCGCGACGUGGACCAUCACGCUGAUCCUUCUUGGGUUCCUUCACCGCUACUUCCAUCGUUUUGUUGCGGCCCGGCAAUCGUUUGCGUUGCAGCUGAUCCAUUCGGUUCCGUCUCGGACUGUGCUCGUUACCGAUAUUCCCCCACAUUAUCGGGGCGAUCGAGCGCUGGCUGAGUACUUCGAGGGAUGUGGCUGGGAGGUUGAGAGCGUCAGCAUAUGUCGUCACCUGAGCGCCCUCAAAGAGGCACUACGGAGACGCACAGAUGCUCUGCUCGAACUUGAACGAGCAUGGGUCCAGUGGGUAGGCAACCCUGCUGACGCCCCUGGUUACGACUCGGAAGUCUACCGUAAGCAGAAGGGCGGCAUCGAGGACGGUCCUCGGUCACUCUCUCAACUCAACGAGGGCACUCUGGUCGAGACAGAUGACAGCAACAACAACAACAGCGCUGGGAACAAUGCUGGAGAGGAGAAUGUUGACACCUCUGACCUGCCCGAUGACCCUGAGAGUCUCAGGUUACGGUAUGCCGGCGUGAAGUCCACUAAGCCUCGCCCCACGGUGCGUCCCAGCGUCAUCAGCCGGGCCGUCGAUGCCAUCCAGUACUGGGAGGACAGGUUCUGGGCGGCGGACGAGGGCGUGCGUCUUUUGCGCAAGACUGGGCUCUUCCCCGCAACAGACGUCGCUUUCGUCACUUUCGAGCACGCGAAAUCCGCCCAGGAGGCUGCACAGGUCGUUCAUUUCAACGAACACUCGCAGAUGGUCACGACACUCGCCCCAGAGCCACGCGACGUUCUCUGGAGCACGGUGGCCAUGCCCAGCCGCGAGCGCCACAUUCGCAGCGCUGCCGUCAUGGUGAUCAUGGUUCUGCUUCUGUUGUUCUGGGCGAUUCCUGUGUCCUUCUUUGGAGCCUUCCUUUCCGAUAAGGAAAUCAAGAAGGUUGCGCCCUGGCUCUGGCGCUUCAUGAAGAACAACCCGCGUGCUGGAGCGUUCAUCCAGAACACUGGUCCGACUCUGAUCCUGAUUUCGUUCAACAGCCUGCUCCCUUUCUUUCUGGAGUGGCUGUGUUAUCAGCAAGGCUUCAAGUCGAGGAGCGCUGUCGAAUACUAUCUCUACCUUCUCAUGACUGUUCUCUUCAUCUUCCUGAUCACCACCACCUACUGGCAGUUUGUGCGGGAUUUGGCAGACAACCCAUCCAAGAUCGCAGAGAAGCUUGCGAUAGCUCUUCGGACAUCGAAGGCCCGCUACUUCAUGAUCUCCUACGUCAUGCUGUACGGCCUUGGCCUGAUGCCUUUGUCGAUUUUGAACAUCGGGCCGCUCUUCAACCUCGCUUGGGGCUACAUUCGGUCUCCAUCGGGCCACUUCGGUUCCAAGACACCCCGCGAUUACGCCGAGAUCAACGCCCCUCCAAGCAUCAACUAUGGCUGGGUGUACCCGCAGAUGCUGCUCAUCUUCACUGUCACCCUCGUUUACAGCAUUGUCUCCCCGCUGAUCCUCGUUUUCGGCGCAAUCUUCUUUGGAAUGGCCUAUCUCGUGUACAAGUACAAGCUCUUGUUCAUUUACUUCAAGCCGUACGAGUCGAACGGCGAGGCAUGGCGUAUCACUUUCGACCGCAUCCUCGUGGCGCUCAUCAUCUUCCAGCUGUUCAUGACCGGACUAUUGUCUUUGUCCAAGCACUUCUGGUAUGUGGCGUGCAUGGUGCCCCUCAUUGCCUACACUCUAUUUUGGGGUUACGUGAUGUCGCGCGACUUUGAGCCUCUUAGCAAGUACACGGCCCUGAGCAGCAUCUGCGAGGUCGAGCGCGGGGAGAGCAUCGACGAGGUCACUGGCUUCCACCCCGAGGGUGAGGGCGCUGCAGCACACCACGGCACCCUUACUGGCCUCAACCACCGACGUUACGCGGUCAACGAUGACACUAUGUGGGUCGCACCAGCCGACAAGCGCACCGAUUACAGUCAACCUCCGAUGGGUAACUUCUAUUACGGGGUUUUGAACACGGGCAAGAGGAGAUACGCUCAUCCGGCGCUGUCUGGCAAGCUCCCGAAGCCCUGGCUUCCUAGCAAGGCUCGUCCCGCUGCGUUUGGCGACACAGCAGCUCAGCGCCGUGGUGUUGUGCUGUCAUUCCGCCGCAAGGUGGCUCAGCGUCUGCGCCGUCACGGUGGUGGACCUGAAACAUUGCCGGACGAUGCGACGCGCGCCAGCUCUUCGACAUCAGUUCCUACGGACUGGCUCACAGGCGGGCCUGUUGAGAGCUCGUCAGGUGACCAGGCUUCCCGGACACGUCGCGAGGAGAGCAGUUUGACCGUCAACUCGCAUCCUGCGUACGCAUCCGACUACUCUUCUACACCCUCCAACCCCUGGCGCGACCCUACUCCAGAGCCCCGCCAGGAGCCGGAGAUCCCCAGACGGCUGUCGUUCGACACCGGAACAGGUAUCAUUGCGCUCCCGGACGAACACAUUUGGGACGACAUGGAGGAUGAUAAUGACGAUGACGACCACACUCCUCUAGGCGAAGAUGAGCAACCACCCGCUUCCCCCUCAACGUAUUUCCACCGACCCAACAGGCGACGCACGAUCUCCGGCGGCACCGGUGCCCGUGAUGCAUCACCAGUAGUGUAG